ACCGGGAGCCUGUUGCUUGGCAACCGAUUGCUUGCCUUCCUCCAGCUAGGCUGACACCGCGUUACACCUGUGAAGCUGAGAAGACUUGCUAGGGCCGCCUUACGCGUACACCUGUCACUCCCACUUCACGCGCGAACAACACGAGAUUGUCCCAGUUGCCUGUCCAAGUCUGUGUUGAGACUGGCUGUGGACUGGCACUGCAGUGACACCCCGCAGACGAGAAAGUGCCCAAGUUUUCCAUCUGGAAGUUCCCCGUUGGAGGAGUCAGAGUAGAAAAGAAAGUCACUGUUGUGUUCCAAAUUUAGAAGCCACGUGUCUUAGGGAUGUUCUGAGCUCCUAGAAAGCAAGUAACUUACAUCAGUUUACUAAGUGUGGGAGAGUGACCCAUAACCUCAGACCCUGCCUCAGAGUAAACCUAAGGAGUUUGGAGACAAGUCGUAGACCCUCUGCUGCCUUAACUGCCUUAACAUGCACUGCAGAGCUUACCUCUUGCUGGAAAGAGACUUCCAAGAGUUUAAGAUGAACGAUUUUGAGGGUAUUAUUGUUGUGCCUGUAAGUGAAGAUUUGAUGAAAUGGGAAGCUGAAAUUAGAGGUCUACAAAAUACAAUUUCGCAUGAACUUGUCUUCCAACUGACAAUGGAUUUUACAACAGAGUACAGCUAUGUCCCUCCAGUUGUGAAAUUUAAACCAAUUCCUUUUCAUCCGAAUGUAAACCCACAGACUGGUCGGCCCUGUAUCGAUUUUUUGGACAACCCCAGCAAAUGGAAUGAAAGGUAUACAUUGAGCAGCAUCUUACUUGCCCUACAGGUUAUGCUUUCCAAUCCAGUGCCAGAAAAUCCAGUGAAUUUCGAAGCAGCCCAAAUACUAAUGAAGGAUAAAUCUCUGUACAGAACAAUAACUCUAAAACUUUUCAAAGAGCCAUCCCAAUCGAAAGAUGACAGCCAAAAUUUACCAGAAGAACCACAAAAAGGUACUGGACCAGUUAAAACAAUCUCAUUUAACGAUUACUACAAGACAUGGUCUGAAAUAGCUACGUCAAAAGCCACAGAAUUCGACAGAACUCCAUUGCUCGAAGAUCCAAAUUUCAUUGGACAAUAUUAUAAAUGGAGGAAAAUGGAUCUACAAUAUCCUAAAGAGUGGAAGUUGAGGUUUGGUGCUCUCAAAUCUCGGUUUGCUAGGAAAGACGGAAUGCCUCACAGAGCCAGUCAUUCAACAGAGAGAGGUCAUCUCUGCCCGACUCCAGGACUGAGGGCCCUGGCUUCUGGCUGGGUGUAUUUUGGAGGCUACCAUCAGCUUCUAGAGGCUGCCCUCUGUUCCCUGCCAUGUGGGCUUCCCCAACAUGGCUUCUUCAUCCAACCAGCAGCGGAAGUCUUUACUGCAAGUCUGAUGGCAAGAUGGAGUCUUAUCCAGUCUCCUUUGGUAGAGAGUGAGCUCCUUGAGGGGAGGGGCUGCUCACCUCCCAAUCUCCCAUAGCCCGGGGCGUGGCAGACAGUAGCUGGUCAACGCUCAUGAACAAACGAGUGAAUGGAUGGUACGAUGAAGGAGAAUUGUCAUGCUCUUAGCAGCCCUGUGAUUUUGGAAAAAGGGGGGGAAACUUAUGAUGAGUGGGAAAACAAAAUGUAAGCCAUAAGAAGAAUGUCUAGAGGAAUGUCUGCCUAGAAGAGGAAUGACUAGCUCUCCAGUGCUGAGCCUUGUCCUCUUUGAAGAUGAAAUAGACUAUUCUUUGUUUUUGCUCUGAAAGAGGCCAUACCUAAGAGGUGGUGAUAAAUUGGAUGACUGUUCAGAAAUACUCACUCCUGUUCCAUCUCUACGGGCAAAAUAUAUUUCCUUGCUCCCUGACUUUGAGCUUUACCCUGUGACUUGUUUUGAUCAAUGGAAUACUAGUGGGUUUGAUGUGCCCGGGUUUGGAAAGGGUUGGUGUGAUUUGGCUUGUUCUUUUUCCCUUCUGCUAUCAUCACAAGAGCAUGCCUGGACUAGCCCUUUGAUCACAGAGAGAGAUGCGAGACAUAGAGUUGAGCUUCCACAGCCAAGUUUCCCAGCCAUUCCCU